AUGAAGGUCAUUCUCGACCGGAAGGGAGACGAGGUCACGAUCACGGAAGACAUUGUCAAAGCCGCGUUUGGGAACCAGCGGAGCGGGGUCGAGAUAAUGAAGAUCGUUUUAGGCUGGAAGGGGCCUCAGCUUAUCAUUACGGACGACCAUAGUGAAUUCGGCAUCUGA